CACCAGCAAUAGAGAUGCCCAGAACUCUCCUCUCACUCCUCACCGAACUCAGUUCCCAAACAAAGUCUCACGGUCCUCUCUCCAUGUGACUCAGUUCUGAAUCAAGGAUAAAUGAUCAAUAAAACUUAAAUCAUGUCUGGAGCCCCAGCUGCAAUGGUAGUUGAGGAUUCUGUAAGCUGAGUAUUUUAGUCUUCCAAUCUCUAUAGCAGAAGCAGGCAAGAAAGAAAGGCAUUGGAGCAGAGUUUGAGUAUGCUAAACUAUUGCAUUAGCCACAAUCGUUCUGGAAAGUUGGGAAAGUUGGUGUGUGGCUGAUCAGCCUUCCCUUCCUCCAUCCUAAGGCAUUCCAUCCACAUAUACCAUCUCAUUUAAUCGUCACCUCACCUUUCAAUGAAGUAUUGCUAUCCCCACUUUAGAGAUAAGGAAACAGGCUGAUAAAGUUUAAAUAAUAAUAUUCUAGAAGGUAGAAAAAUCAAGAGUUGAACCAAAGUCCACCAUUCUCAUAUGGUAGAAUUUAUGUUUGCUUUGCUGAAACUAAACAUCAACGACAGUGGAUUCUCUCUAUUCUCAAUCUUCUUGUUCCUGACUAUGAUUCACUGGCUUUCAAAAGAGCUGAGUACGCCUGGUACUCUCCCAUCUCCAAACUUUUGCUCCAACAAUUUUCUUAAUUGCUUGAUCCUGUGGACUGCCUGAGAAGCCAGAUGAUGUACAUGUCAAGACUGUAUGGGGUGAGAAAGGAGGAAACAUUGAUCUAUCAUCAGCUUGCAUCCUCCAUUGAGCAGAGAAUCACUACAUGAGGCAUUCUUGUCCUUUCCCCCGUAUCUGACCCCCCAAAUCCUAGCCAUCCUUUAAGGCCCAGAUGAAACGACCUAUCUACAAAGAUUUCUCCAAUCUCCCUGCCAAAAUGCAGCCCCGCCUUCUCUAAAACGCUCACAUAUUCUCUUUGUACCUCCCUUCAAACAUUUCCCACAAUCAAUUUAUAUAAUCUCUUCUUUCCUACUAUAACGUCUUUGAAGACAACAACAUGACAUUUAUCUCUGUUGACUGCUAAAACUCCUGACACAGUGCAUGCAUGUGGUAAGAGUUCACUAGAUGAAGAGCAAAUAAACGAAUGAAUUUCCCUAGCGAGGUGCUUUCUUCAUUAAAAUGUUGGAUAUCUACAUCCGGGUAAUUAAAAUCAAUUGCUCUAGUUUCCUAGUGUUUUUAAUUAGCAAGACUUUCCUUCAUCACUACGAUCCACCUGAUUUCUCCUGUACUCAGUGAGCCCUCAUUAGUUAAUGUAUACAGAAUAUUUUUUACAUGUUUAUUUGCUUUGUGGCUUUUAACAUUUUUAAAAAUGAACUUAAAAAAGAGAGAGAGAGCUGGACUACAUCUUUGGAGUUGAAAUGAGUUCAUUUUCUCUUUGGAACAACCACAAUAGGACAAUUUUUACACUAGUUCAGGCAUUUGCCUUAAGUAACAAUGCAUCAGGCCAAAAAGAGUGGAACAAUUCAUGAAAGUAAAAGUAUCAAGGAGUCUCUAUGCUCUACACUUAAUCCAUUCAUUUCCUGCUAAAGUCGAAUUUCUUCCAUUACUGUCAGUCUUUUGGGGUCAGCACACAGCAGCAGUCUCCUUAGUUCCUCCUGGAAACUUUCCACUUUAGAACCCCAAAAGAGUGGCCAGCCGUCACCAAGGCAGGUUCUCUCCUGCUGUGUGGUUAAUGAAACUGGUAGGCCAGCAGCUUCCUUCUGGUUGCCAUGGAAAUGACCAGGGCCGCUGGCCCUCUGCAAACGGAAAAGAACAGCAAGUGCAGGACCAUGCAUUCCAUCCUGCCUGGCCAAUUAAACCAGCUGUCAAGCCGGAGUGAAGGAUCAGGCAGAGGUCUGCCGGGUGGAGAAGCGAGCCUCGCGUUGGAACUCCGGGAUGUGAGUUCCAGUGAACUGGCUCGUGAAGGGGAAACACGAGCACGGCGGCCCAUGCUCAGACAAGGAUGGCUCCCCCUUCUGGGCACAGCCUCCUUCUAAUCAGUGCACUGGGCAUCUUUGCACUCGACUGCUUCACAAGAGGUCAGAAGAACAGCACGCUCAUUUUCACCAAGGAAAACACCAUUCGGAACUGCAGCUGCUCUGCAGGCAUCCCGGACUGUGACUACAGUUUGGCCAACCUGAUGUGCAGCUGUAAAACUGUGCUGCCUUUUGCGGUAGAGCGAACCAGCUACAGUGGCCACCUGACCAUCUGGUUCACAGACACAUCUGCACUGGGCCUCCUGUUGAACUUCACGCUGGUCCGGGACCUCAAGCUGUCUCUGUGCAGUACGAACACUCUCCCCACUGAAUACCUGGCUAUUUGCGGUCUGAAGAGGCUUCGCAUCAGCACCGAGGCCAAGCAACCCUCCCCAGAGCAGAGCUUAGUCAUCCACAAUGGUGGGGAGAGCAAACCCAGAGAGAAGCCCACGUUGUUACACAAAGGCUGGCAAGCAUGUAUGUAUAUCUCCUUCUUAGAUAUGGCCCUUUUCAACAGGGAAUCAUCCUUAAAAUCGUAUAGUAUUGAAAACGUUGACAGCAUUACCAAUAACUUCCCCCACUUUUCUUACUUUAAAACCUUCCCACUUCUAAGUAACAGAAGCUAUGUUGUCACAUUCAUUUAUUAACUUUGUAACUGUGUCCACCUACUGGAACUUUUGGCAAACUAUGGGUAAUUUGAACAAGGAAUCUGGCAAUAAGGCCAUGGGUAUCCCUACCCACAACUUCGCCUCCCCCCAACCCCCAUUUGCAAAUACACAUAUUCACAGAGCCACACGCACACAUAACCUGCCUUCUCUGCUCCAUUCUGCACCCAACCACGGGAGCUGUUUUGAAAACCAAAAUAAAAAGAAACUAAAAAAUAAACUUGAUUCAGUCCAGAAACACAUCUUGAGGGCCAGCUAGAAGCUAGGUCUUUACAACUGGGGGUCUGUGCGGAAAUGUCAGAUCAGAAAUGGAGAAACCGCACACCAGGGACUGCUGAGUGGAGCUCAGCAGAGGGGAUGACCCCCAAGAAAGGAAUUUCCUAGAACACUCUGCCUUAAUAUUUUCUGCUUCAUUUUGUUACAUUGCCUGGAAUUCCCCUAAGUAGAGAAUGAUAGAUUUCAGAGGUUUUGGCCUGUGAGCUCCACAAAAUGAUGAAGUUCUCUUAGACUGACAUUUUCCAAGCAUCUUGCUAAGAACAAAUGCACUGAGAAAGGCGAGUUUCAUGAGUGUGUUUGUGGAGGUGGAGGAAGCAAGGUUUGAAGCCUGGAGGUGGAACAGGCCCGGAGCAGGUGGGGCCUUAAGAUUGAAUGAGGGCAGUAGGGUUCUGAGGAGGGGGAUACAGAAACGAAAAUUAGAGGUAACAAAAACCAUUGCAUAUACCUCAAAAUUUUGCUUAGAGCAAAUCCUAGGAAAGUUUCCUCUUUUAGCCCUCCUCUUUCCUUUCUUUCUCCUUCUUUGCCUCCUUCUUCCUUUGUCCCUGAGGCAUCACUUCCCAUUUCUCCUCUCACUUUCUUCAUCCACCUUCUCCUCCUCCUCUCCUUCCUGCUCCAGAAAUCAGAACUUGGAUGAAUACCAUUAGAACUAUGUUUAACCAUACUAGGGGCUAGCCUUGGAAUCUAAUAAUCACUCAUAACAUUCUUCCAGAGGGUAAAAAUGCUCAUAUUACUAACAGGUAAUUAACAAAAGAACUUUUAGGACUCAGUCCGUUUGGAAGUUUCAGACUGGAAGUUAAAGACACUUCGCAUGACAAGGUUAAUACAAAAUGGUUUUACAUGUGUAUGUGUGUAUCCAAUACAAGGAACCAAGGCAACAUUUUUUUAAAAAUAAACUGACUCAUCAUUGUGCAAAGAAAAUUUUCCCUGGAGACCCAACUUACCAUUAAAGUGGAAUAUAAAGAAUCCAUGGUAAUUUUGGUACAAAUGUCUAAACUCAGAGUGCAAAGAAGUUGAAAGAUGAUUGCAUUUGUGAUACUACAAUGAUAGGAAAUAGUUGUAUUAUGAAAUAACAGGAUGACUUGGAGUUGAUGACUUUGGAUCACAUUCAUCACAUUUUUCUCUUAACCUUAACACAGAAUAACUGAAAUAACCUGAAAUGUCUACAUUUGCUUAAUUGGUGGGGGAUUUGGCCAUUCAAGCUAAUUAGCAUGAGUCCAUAAUGUCAGUGUUUAAAUUAGGCCAAAACUAAGACCAAAGUAUAACUAUAAUAGAAAAAUGUAAUGACCUCAUUACUGACAUUGUACUUUGGAGGUAAGGUUAGUGAUAGAAAAAGACAAAGAAGGGAGAAAAAAAGGAGGAGAAAGAAAGGCAAGAAGAACGUAAGUGAAAUAUUAGUAAUAAACAUAUUUACUGUCAUUAGUUAAUGAAAAUGUAACAAAUUGAAUUUUAACGGAUUUUUAUUAAUAAAGUAUAAAAUUAAUGAUGUUAGAAA